AGGCGCUGUUCUGCGCCCCCGUUUCAGGCCGAGGAUGCGUUCGACUCGGAGCCGAAGAUCAAAAAGCUGGAGCCGGUCCUGCUGCCGGGAGAAAUUGUUGUGAAUGAAGUCAGUUUUGUGAGGAAAUGCAUCGCCACGGACACGAGUCAGUACGACCUGUGGGGAAAGCUGAUAUGCAGCAACUUCAAAAUUUCCUUCAUUACGGACGACCCAAUGCCAUUGCAGAAAUUCCAUUACAGAAACCUUCUUCUUGGUGAACAUGAUGUCCCUUUAACGUGUAUUGAGCAAAUCGUCACAGUCAACGACCACAAGAGGAAGCAGAAGGUCCUGGGCCCCAACCAGAAGCUGAAGUUCAAUCCGACCGAGUUAAUCAUUUACUGUAAAGACUUCAGGAUCGUCCGAUUCCGCUUUGAUGAAUCCGGCCCUGAAAGUGCCAAAAAGGUGUGCCUUGCCAUAGCUCAUUAUUCCCAGCCAACAGACCUCCAGCUACUCUUUGCAUUUGAAUAUGUUGGGAAAAAAUACCACAAUUCAGCCAACACACUCAACGGGAUCCCCACGGGCGGUGGCGGCGGGGCCGGGGGUGGCAGCAGCCAGAAGACACCCCUCUUUGAGACGUACUCCGACUGGGACCGCGAAGUCAAGCGGACGGGCGCCUCCGGGUGGAGGGUCUGCUCCAUCAACGAGGGCUACAUGAUAUCCACGUGCCUUCCGGAGUACUUCGUGGUGCCCAGCUCCUUGGCCGACCAGGACCUGAAGACCUUUUCCCACUCUUUCGUUGGGAGGAGGAUGCCGCUCUGGUGCUGGAGCCACUCGAACGGCAGUGCUCUCGUGCGGACGGCCCUCAUCAAGGACCUGCUGCAGCAGCGGAAGAUCGACCAGAGGAUUUGCAAUGCAAUAACCAAGAGUCACCCGCAGAGGAGUGAUGUCUAUAAGUCAGAUCUGGAUAAGACCCUGCCCAACAUCCAAGACAUACAGGCGGCUUUUGUGAAGCUUAAACAGCUAUGUGUUAAUGAGCCCUUUGAAGAGACUGAAGAGAGGUGGUUGUCCUCACUGGAAGGUACUCGGUGGCUAGAAUAUGUGAGGGCAUUCCUGAAACAUUCAGCAGAACUUGUGUACACGCUAGAAAGCAGGCGAGUCUCUGUCGUCCUCCAAGAGGAGGAGGGAAGAGACUUGAGCUGCGUCGUUGCGUCUCUUGUGCAAGUGAUGCUGGAUCCCUACUUCCGGACAAUCCCUGGGUUCCAGAGUCUGAUCCAGAAGGAGUGGGUGAUGUCGGGGUACCAGUUCCUGGACAGGUGCAACCACCUGAAGAGGUCGGAGAAGGAGUCUCCGCUGUUCCUGCUGUUCCUGGACGCCACCUGGCAGCUGCUGGACCAGUACCCGGCCGCCUUCGAGUUCUCCGAGACCUACCUGGCCGUGCUGGGCGACAGCACCCGCAUCUCCCUGUUCGGCACCUUCCUGUUCAACUCGCCGCACCAGCGGGUGAAGCAGAGCACGGAAUUUGCUAUAAGCAAAAAUAUCCAGUUGGGUGAUGAAAAGGGUUUAAAAUUCCCCUCGGUGUGGGACUGGUCUCUCCAGUUCACCGCGAAGGACCGCACCCUCUUCCACAACCCCCUGUACAUCGGGAGGAGCACGCCCUGCGUGCGGAACAGCUCCGUGAAGGCCUUCAAACGGACAAAGAAAAACUACAGCUCCACCCUGCGGGGGAUGCCGGCCUCGCUCAGGAACGGACUCCUCAGUGACCAGGAAUCACUCCCACGGAGGAACUCCCUGAUCUUACAAGUGAGGCCAGACCCGCCUCCGCACGCCGAGGGCCAGGACGGCGGCCUGGAGCAGUUCUUCCGGGAGUGGCUGUGCAGACCGGCCGACCUGCACGGCGUGCUCCUGCCCCAUCUAUCGGCCACGCACAUAAAGCUCUGGAAACUGUGCUACUUCCGCUGGGUCCCCGAGGCCCAGAUCGAUCGUGGGGGCUUCGUCACCGCCUUCCACCGGCUCUCGCUGCUGGCCGACGAGGUGGACGUGCUGAGCAGGACGCUGCGGCAGCACCGGGCCGGCCCACUGGAGGCCUGCUACGCGGAGCUGGACCAGAGCCGGAUGUACUUCCGGGCCCGAGGCCCGCACGACACCUCGGGGACGCCGGAGUUCCUCUCCUCCUCCUUUCCCUUCUCCCCUGUCGGCAACCUCUGCAGGCGAAGCAUUUCAGGAACACCACUGAGCAAGUUUCUAAGCGGGGCCAAAAUCUGGCUGUCUACGGAGACACUGGCAAACGAAGACUAAAAAGGAGUAUUUUCUGAACAUUCUGAGGAGCUAGGAACGUUUUUCCUCUGAAUUAAGUCGCUAACCUAGGCAUUUGAAGCCCUAAUAAUUGUAUAUGUGAGAAUAACCAUUGAGAUUUGCACUAAUGUUGAAGAACAUGCUGAGUUGUGCUUCCCUCACUGUUUUUAGGAGAUAGGCGUA